AUGUCUACUUACGAAGAGGAACACAACAUCACGCGUACACAACCGCAAGAUACGCAACGACGAGGUAGGAAUCAUGACACAUUAAGCGGAAUCAUUGAUUCAUUUAUCCACUCACAUCGAACGAAUCCCGAUCCCACUGCCGUUGUUGCUACGCCCUCCUUGGAUGACCGCUUCACCGAGUCAGCUACAUCGCUUGAAUCAUUAUCUGCGGCAUUGAAUCAAUUGAGGACUUUGGAACACUCUGAAAUUGCUGACUCGUUGUUGAAUAUAUUGGACUCAAAUCCUAAACAACAAGGUGUCAAUCUGGAUUUCUUGGACACUUUGGAACGAGUGCCUGUUUCUCAAUUAUUAGAUGAUGAAUUUUGCCCCAUAUGUACAAAUAAGUUUAAAGAGGACAAGUAUCCAUUGAUUGUUAAAUUACCUUGUGGUGUCAAAAAUUCCAAACAUUAUUUUGACUUGGAAUGUAUUGGACCCUGGUUAAUGACAAAUUCAACUUGUCCCAUGUGUAGAACUAAUGUUUUGGAAGUGGAAGAAAAUAGAAGAAAACGGAUUGAAGAAGAGAUUAGGAAAGCUAAAGAAGAGGAUUCAGAAGAAGAGGCAGAAGAUGGGUGGGAUGUUUAUGGAUAG